AACAGCUUGAACUGUCUUGGUUAGGUAGGUAAAUCAUUAAAAAUUAAAUAGAAAAUCCAGAAAAUCUUUAGGCACUAUGAAUUUUCAAUGUAAGCGAAUACUGGAACCUAUAAAAGUUAUUGUAAUUAAUCCCCUCGCGCCGGCAUCUCAAUUAAUCAUAGUGAAAAUAAUGUCUGGUGUAGUCUUUGGGAACGAUCAACUGAUUGAUCUGAACUUAUUAGUGUACUCUAAUGAGAUGAAGUCGGCAAAUGCUUUCAGGUUGGAAAUAGAAUCGUGUGCCUUUUCAUGCACCAAUUCGAUCAAAGUGUCAUCAGAUUUUCCGAGGGCUUGUGACGGCGAUGUAUUUUGUUUUAUGACCAACUUCAACAAUCCGAACCAUUUUGAUUUCACGAAGGAAGAGUAUAGCGAGCAUUUCGAGGCACUCUACUUGAUUUUAAAAUUAGCAAAGAACUUCUCGUGGGCAGAUGAUGAUAAGGAAAAGAACUUUGAAACUGUAAAAAAAACUGCCCAUUUCAAUAAUCAAGAAGUUAAGAAAGAUGUAUUUGUUAAGAAACCUAUUUUCAUGGCAGAUGGCUUAGUGGCUAUAGAUAUUCUGAAAUCUAUGACGAAGGACAUGCCACAUGAUAUAUUAUUUUGUCCGACGCCAAUAACAGCAAUAGCAAAACAGGUUUUGGGAGACUUUUUACAUGUUGAAUGUAAUAUGAUCAAUGAAAUGCUUGUUUGGGCUGCUAAUGAUGAAGUUUUUCAUGUCGAAGUAGAAAAGCCUUUGGUAUUACAUGAUGUGGUUGGUGAUGAGUCUCACUGCCAGAGUGGUAUGGUCGGAAAGGAUUUUUUUGAAUCGCGUAACUUUGAUACCACGCAAUUCAGUGAUUCAUGGAUGAAAAAGGAAUUUAUUGAAAAGGUGGCGUCAUCUGCGGCGAAGAAUCCUUACGGAUGUAUUUACAGAGCGGCUGAAUUCAGUAAAACUUUGAGAGACAUUUGGUUAACGCGCUCCAGCGAAGAUGGCACAAAAGUUUACACCAAUAUCGGUGUCAUUAGUGAUGGAUCUCUCGGAACUAUUAAAGGAUAUCCUUACGUUUUGCCACUCAUUUUCGAUAGAGGUACUUGGAGUGUUAAUAAUCGUUUCGUCGAAGAUUCUCAUCUGAAACAAGAGAUCAAGAGAAUUAAUAAAGCAGUCAAAAAUCAUCAUCAACAGUUAAUCCCGUAUUGCAAAAAGUUUUUACAAGAUCAGAUUAUAAAUCAAGGGCUUAUUAAGGGUGAAGAUGAUAGCGUUUCUAUGUUUUAAUUAUUUCUUUAUUCUAUUAUUUAUAUUUAUUAUUUAUAUUUGUGAAAGCUGUGGUUGAAGUAGUAGGUAGUACCUAGGUAACUAAUUAAAACUCACAUUUCUCAAAGGA